AUGAGCGAGCGCUGGGACGUGGGCCGGGCCCUGGCGCUGGCCGCGCUGUUCCGGCUGCUGCAGGGCGCGGCCCGGGGCUGCUCCGAGCCCUUCGUGCCCCUCUACCUGCGGCUGCUCGGGCUGCCCGCGCCGCUGGUGGGGGUCGCGGCCGGGGCCCGGCUGCUGGCGGCGCUCGCCGUGCCGCUGUGCUGCCCGCGGGGCCGCGCCCGGAGCCUGCUGCUGCCGGGCUCGGUGCUGGGCUCGGCCGGGGCCAGCCUGGCGCUCACCCUCAUCCCGCCCGCGGGGGACGCGGGGAACACGGGCUGUGACCGCAGCCUGCAGCUCGGCCUGCCCGGCUCCCUGCCCUCCGUGCUGCCCUCCGCUCUGCCCAGCCCGGUGCCCGCCGCAGUGCCCAGCCCGGUGCCCAGCCCCGGCAGGAGCAGUGACACAGCGCUAAAGCCGAGUGCUCUGCCGCACACCAGAGCCGUGCCAGGGGCAGCGGGGACUGCGGGGACAGCGGCUGCUGACGUGUGGGCAGCGAGCAGGAAGCCCGCUCUGGGCAGCUCAACCUCCCAGGGCGUGUUGGGCACGGCAGGUGAGCUUCAGGAACGCGGCAGAGGGACUGGGGAAGGUGAUCCAAAGGGAAAAGGCUCCUUGGAUGGUCCCUCUGGCUGGACAGUGAAAGGCAUUGAUCAGCCGACUCCGGAACCAGAACGGCCGGCAUCCUACGGCGCUCCCUUCCCUGGGCUCCAGGAGGAAACACCAGGCUCUGCUCCCACCACCUAUCUUGCUGAAUAUGCUGAGGAAAGCCUAAAUGCUACUGAGAGUAAUGAGCCAGCUUUGUUUAAAACAGCUCUUCCCGCUGUUGGAGAAGCCCACGUGUCUGAAAACCUUUCGGACUCUCGAGAUGUCAGCUUGGAGGCAGUGCAGAGCAUCUCCCAGCACACAGAGUACCAGGUUUUUCUCAUGGUCCUGGGCGCUGUGGUGCUUUGGGAGCUGUUGGCCACUUCCCUGGAAUGGAGCAUGGAUGAGAGUGUCUACGAGUACCUGGACUUUGUGGACGCCACGGACAGGUACCGGCAGCUGUGGCUGUGGGGCUCCGCGGGCGCGGCCGCCGGAGCGUGCGGCGUGUCCGUGCUGGUGGAUCGGCUGGAUUGCUCCCUCGGCGGCUCCGUCCCCCGCCUCGCCGUGCACUUCUACGCCUACGCUGUCCUGGUGAUGCUCUCCCUGAUGGUCAGCGUCUUCUUUCCAGGCCACGCUGCCAGGCAAAGCGCCCGCGCUGCCGGGCUGGCCAAAGCGCUGUCCGUGCUGCGGGGGCACGGCCGGGCGCUGCUCUUGGCGGGCACCCUGUUCCUCGUGGCCGCUGCCAGCUCUGCCAGCCACACCUUCCUCCUGUGGCAGCUGCAGGACCAGGGCAGCAGCGAGCUCCUCCUGGGGCUCUGGGUGUCGCUGGGGCCGCUGGCAGAGCUGGCCCUUCACCCGCUCGGGGCGCGGCUGCUGCGGGCGCUGCCGGGCGGCGGGCUGGAGGUGCUGAGCCUGGGCGCGCUGGCAGCGCAGCUCCUGAGCUAUUCCCUGCUCCGGGCGCCGUGGGCAGCGCUGCCCGUGCAGGCGCUGUCCGGCCUCGGCAGCGGGGCGCUGCGCUGGCGGCUGGAGGGGACGGUGGCGGACGUGGCCCCGGCGGGCUCGGAGCGCGCCCUGCUCGCCCUGCUGCGGGCGCUGAGCGCGGCCGGGGCCGGCCUGGGCAGCCUCGGCAGCGGCUUCGUGGUGCAGCGCCUCGGGCUGCCCGUGCUGCUCCGGGCCAGCUGCGUGGGGCUCGGGCUCUGGGUCCUCCUCUUCCUAAUUGUCCAAUCCAGAUUGCCCCGGCAGAGAAAAAUUAAUUAUUCCCGGCUCCUGGCUGCUGAUUCCAGUGAAAUGAGUGACUCAGAGGAGGAGAACGAGAAGGACUGGCUGGUAAAGGCUAUGAAGGAUGAGGGCUUUAACAGGAAUUGGAUACGGCAGCAUGGGAUCAAGUAGUCUGUACGUAAAUCUGUGGGGUGGAGUGGGAACCUGGUGUAAUGAUAAUAUCCAGAAAUCACCAUCAGUUCGAAACUGCUAAAUAUAUAGAGGCUAUAUCUGACAUGAGAGAUUUUAAUUUUUU